AAUAAAAGGUCACCACAUGCACAUGCAUGUAGAGAGAGAGCCUAGCCCUAGGCCCUUCUAAGACUACUUUAAUCUAGUAUCUACUUUCGUAUUUCAGAAAAUGGGGAAACUAAAUGUAUCGAUGUUACGUUACCUUUCAAAAGAGGAUUUUCGUGUUCUUACAGCACUAGAAAUGGGGAUGAAGAACCAUGAGAUAGUCCCUUCAAACUUGGUUGCAUCGAUUGCCAAUCUUCGUCAUGGAGGAUGCCAUAAAGUCCUGAAAGAGCUUGUCAGAAAUAAACUGAUUGCUUGGGAGCACGGAAAAGUUUCUGGAUAUCGGCUAACCUAUCCCGGGUAUGACUAUCUUGCAUUGAAGGCUCUUGCUGCCCGCGAUUCAGUGGCAUCAGUUGGCAAUCAAAUAGGAGUCGGCAAAGAAUCAGAUAUCUACAUCGUUGCCAAUAAUGAUGAUGAACAGUUGGCUCUCAAGUUACAUAGACUUGGGAGGACGUCAUUUCGUAAAUUGAAAGAGAAGCGUGACUAUCUUGGAAAGAGAAAGAGUGCAUCUUGGCUCUACUUAUCUCGCCUCGCUGCUAUGAAAGAGUUCGCAUUUAUGAAGGCUUUGUAUGAUCAUGGCUUCCCUGUACCCAAACCAAUAGACUUCAACAGACAUUGUGUGGUCAUGGAACUCAUGAAUGCAUAUCCAUUAAAUCAAGUGCACACGAUAGAAGACCCUGCCUCGGUGUAUGAUGACCUGAUGAACCUUAUUGUGAGAUUAGCUAAUCACGGUCUCAUCCAUGGCGAUUUUAAUGAGUUUAAUCUCAUGCUCGAUGAUCAGGAUCAAAUCACUCUCAUCGACUUCCCUCAGAUGGUCUCCACAUCUCAUGAAAAUGCAGAAUGGUAUUUCAACCGUGAUGUACAGUGUGUCAAGGACUUCUUCAGUAGAAGAUUCAACUAUGAAAGUGAACUCUACCCAAAGUUUUCAGAUAUAAUAUGUGAAAGCACAUUGGAUGUUGACGUGGCAGCCAGUGGUUUCUCAAAAGAGAUGGAACAAUCUCUACAAGAGGCUACUACUGCACUAAAGGAGGAUGAAGAUGAUGAUGGUGAUGAUGAAGAUGAUGAUGAAGAUGAUGAUGAUGAUGAUGAUGGAGAAGAGGAGGAUGAGAAAAGAGAUGAAGAAGAAAUGGAGAACCCUAUUGAUAGACUCACAGAUAUCGAUGGUGAAGAAGAAAUUUGUAAAGACCUUCAAGCUUCCAGGAGAGGCCAGUCGUCAGAGCUAGCCUCUUCUACGGUACAGGAAGAUUUUAGUGACAAUACAGAAAAGCAUAUGAGUGGGACUGAUGAAAGAAUAGACGACGAUGCCGAAGAGCAGUGCACUAUAGAUGGGACUGAGGAAGUAGAGAGUGGAGGAGAGAAAGAAAAUGAUAGCGAAGAUGAUGAUCUUGAAGACAUUGGUGCAUCUAACAAGCAGUAUAGACCGCAUCGGAGUGAAGCCAGCAUGUCGAAGGUCAACGCUCACUCAAUGAAUGCCCGUUCAAGAAACAGUGAUAGCGUCAGCUCCUAUGCAUCGACUUCCUCGACGAUGGACCCCGCCCUUGUGAGGUCAAAGGUCAGGAGUAACUUGCAGAAGAAGAAGAAAGCCGCAGUGAGGCACAGGUUAGCUAGGAAAGGAGAAGCAGCUCAGACAACCGCUAAGAGGAGAGAAAAUAGAGACAAUGUUAAACAGAGUCUUGGUUCCAUCUGGUAAUGAAGACAGAUACACGAUAAGGGACUAUUUCAUUAGAAAAAUAUUUUAAACACAUUAUCAUUGAUAUUAUUAGAAAUGAGAAGAACUCAUGAUUUGUAUUCUAUAUACCUUUCCAGGUAUUUCCACCCUCAUCAAUACAAUUUAUAUUGUAUUUGUAUUGUAUUGAUAUCUUGUGAGGAAAAUACUACAUAAUCAAAUACAGAGUUACGUCUAUUAAAUCAUUAUUGUCUUAAAUGUUAAAAAAUGAAUCACCUCAUUCCCAAGUAUAGGAUUCGCUGUUGGAGGAGUUGGUUUAUAUGAAGAGUGUUCAGUAAAUCUACUGACCAAAACCAUGGGAACUUAUCCUUCAUAUAAACUUUAAGUUCAUUUUUGUUGAAGAUGCUGCUUGAUUAUUUGGUUCUCUUAUGUGACGAUAGCUCCAAAAUAGUUUCCAACAAACACACUGUAUUCCUUCAGCCUUGGAACCAUAAAGCUACCCCAACCCUAUACUUUCAGUGGGUUGUUGGUCCAAAUACCUGCCGUGACAUGUUUUCCUUCAGCAAGAAUUUUAUUUUAUUUUGCUGCACUCGACCCAGGUGAAAUGAAUGGGUAUCUGGCAGGAUUUAUUUCUUUUUAAAUUUCUUUAGCCUAUUGCCAACUGGAACCAGAUGAUACUUGUACAAAGUCUAUGGGAAUUUCAGUAGUCAGUAGUCAAUUGUUUAAUAGUAGGAGAUACUCUUUAGAAAUUGACCUACCGUAUUAGGGUGAUUCCAUGCUAGAAAAAUCAACUAUUUUCACAACAUUUUUCAACCUAUUGUCCGAACAAACAAAGAACUUCAAUUGGUUUUGUGGUAAUGAUAGAGUACUACUGGGUAGACAUAUGAAAAAUUGACAACCAACAAAAAUAUGCUGUCCAUGGGUGAAUUAGAGGUGAAAAUGUUGCGUGUCGUACAGGACAUUUCUGAGUCCCGUACGACACACAACAUUUUUCACCCAUAAUUCAGCCAUAAUCAAAUAUUUAUUGUUGGUAAUCAGUUUUUCAGCUGACUACCCACUAUAACUUAAUUAUUGACCAACAAUAAUAUUUCAUUGCUCAAGCAAUCAGCUAAGAGACUAGAAAUUGUUGACAAAAUGUCCCGUACGACACGUAUGGAAUCGCCCAUUACCAUAUCAUUACAGAUAUUAUGUUAGUAUUAUGUUGUUACACAUUGGAAAGUCAAUCCUCAAUAUUUUUUAAACACUUAUCAUUUGCAAGCUUCUGUGAGUGAAAUAUUACAGUAUCAUUGGCAACAUUAAAUUUGUUGUAGAAUAUAUGCCAAUUUUGUAGGACUACCUUGUUUUCUUUUAAAAUGGGGCACAUAUUUUAUUUGAACUUCAACAUAUAUGACAAAUAUUUUUCUUUAUUCAGCAGAUUUCAGAGUAAAUAAAUGUUUCUGGUAAAAUCAGAAGAUGAAUAUAAAAUGCCUAGAAAACUAAACUUUGAAAGUCUCCUCUCUGUAUUUCAGGAACAUAAAAUUAGUAUGGACAUUUUCCCUACCUAUCCAAGCAGGGGUUCUGUACCAAGACUUUAUACCCAUUCUGCAUACAAAUUUUGCAACUCGCAUCUCUGAUAGAAAUAACAUCAGUGGUUAUGGAUCAAUCAUUGAGAUUAUUUUCAAUAUUUCAUAUCCCCUCCUUGUCAGCAUAUAAAGGUAGAGGUAGCCAGGUAGGGUAAAGAUCAUUUGAUCAUUGCGGAUCCACUUGUAAUCAAUUCGUAAGAUACCAUUUCUAAUAAUCAUCAAUAUGAAUAAAUUCUUUG